GAAGUUGAGAAGGAGUAGAAGAGAAAAAUAAGUUGCUGCUUUAAGAAAGAGGGGAGAGAUAGAGAGAGGGUUUGGAUCAGUGAGCUGCUCAACUCUUUUUUUCUUUCCUCCCCUCCUCUCUCUUGCACAGGCUCCUAAUUUGGGAUUUGUUUAAAAGCGGGACUGCGCCUCAGGAAGACUUUUCCUUGCUUGGGAAAGGGAACCCUGCUCCCUUUCUCUCGCAUUAUAUACACCCACACAUACACACUUUCUCCCCAAACAUGUCUGAUUCCACUGUCAACGCUCACUUGGAAGGGAUCAUAUCAGACUUUGAAGCGCUGAAACGGUCGUUUGAGGUGGAGGAGACAGAUUCAUCCACACUCCCUUCGCCUCUGUCUCGUAGAAACACCAACCCCCUCCGCUCAUCCACCUCCUCCACAUCUAGCCAGCGGAGCUAUGACCUGAGCUCCCGCAACUCUGACUACUCGUCUUCCAGAUCCUCUCCCUCCGAGUCCUCCAAUCCACGUUCCCCUAAGGCUGGCAUGAGGCGUAUUGAGUUAUCAGGGGGUCGUAACCCUGACACAGCAUCGUCCCGCCGCACAGAAAUGUCCAUUGAGGUCUCCUCUAAGCAGAUUGACAACUCACCCAGUCCUGGCAUCGCCCGCUUUGGCCUCAAGCGGCCUGAGGUCAGUCUGAGCAAUCGGAGUACUCCCCUGGACAGCUCCUCCAACUCGACUUCCAGCUCCACAAACAGGCGGGCAGAGCUCAGCAUGACACGGCCCCAUGAGACCCCCGUCCCUCCCAAAAGGAUGGACGCCCCGCUGUCCUCAGCCCCAGUCUCAAGGAUCCCUGAGCCCCCUCAGAGAAGAGCAGAGUCCACGUCCCCGAUCAUAAGCCCAGUUGAGGGGGCCUCCAGGAGGCCGGAGAUGCCCGUCUUCAGACAGCCGGAAGGUUUGGUACCAAGCAGUGCAGUGGAGAACAACAACCACCUGCCUCCUGCACCUAGUGCUCCCCUGCCUUCCCUGGCAGAGCCAAGGGUGGAGAGGGUGCAGUCAUCCGUCACCGAGCCACCCGCAGCCCGGCCAACAGACCGACCAGAAGUGAUUCCCAGCUACAGCAGCAGUGCCAUGUCUGAGGCAGUGGUGCAUGAUGCUAUGGUUUCCCCAGCAGUGGGUGUCCCGUACGGGGAGAAGGCCGGUGGCCCUGUGUUGGACUUCAGUUAUGUGGGCAUUGAUGCCAUUCUGGAACAGAUGAGAAGGAAGGCAAUGAAGCAGGGUUUUGAGCUCAACAUUAUGGUUGUGGGACAGAGUGGCCUGGGAAAGUCUACUCUAAUGAACACGCUGUUCAAGUCUAAAGUCAGCCGUAAGUCGGUGCUGGCUACAGCCCAGGAGAAGAUCCCCAAAACUAUCGAAAUAAAGUCCAUCAGUCAUGACAUCGAAGAGAAGGGAGUGAGAAUGAAGCUGACAGUCAUCGACACACCAGGCUUUGGAGACCAGAUCAACAAUGAGAACUGCUGGCAGCCCAUCAUGAAGUUUAUUAAUGACCAGUAUGAGGCGUACCUGCAGGAGGAGAUUAACAUCAACAGGAAGAAAAGGAUUCCAGACUCCAGAGUCCACUGCUGCAUAUACUUCAUUCCCCCGACCGGACACUGUCUGCGGCCUCUUGACGUAGAAUUCAUGAGACGUCUCAGUAAGGUGGUCAACAUUGUCCCAGUCAUUGCCAAGGCAGAUACACUCACCCUGGAGGAGAGGGACUUCUUCAAAAAGAAGAUCAGGGAAGAGCUGCGAGCCAACGGGAUUGACGUGUACCCUCAGAAAGAAUUUGACGAGGAUGCUGAGGACCGAAUGAUCAACGAGAAGAUUAGGGAGAUGAUCCCAUUUGCUGUGGUGGGCAGCGACCAGGAGUACCAGGUCAAUGGCAGGAGGCUGCUGGGGAGAAAGACCAAGUGGGGAACCAUUGAAGUUGAGAACAUAGCCCACUGUGAGUUUGCUUAUUUACGGGAUCUCCUCAUCAGGACCCAUAUGCAGAACAUUAAGGACAUCACCAGCAGCAUUCAUUAUGAAAUGUAUCGUGUUAGGCGCCUCAAUGAGAAUAACACAGUGGUGGCUCAUGCCAACGGUAUCCCAGAACACCAUCUUUCCGCCCACGAGAUGUAGAUGCCACCUGCCCCACUGCAGUUGACGUCUACUAGGUGUAAUUCAUUUGCUAUGACACUCCCACCACUCCAGCCCUCCACUCCAUCCAUCUCACAGGUGGGAUAGAAACUCAACAGCCAGAGGGACUUUAUUUUCAAUGACUUUCGGCGGCUCAAUGAACUGUUCAUGUCAGUUUAUUGCCUCAUUAACAACCACUAUCGCUGACAAAGAGAGUGAAGAGAAGUGUGAUCAUCUUAACGUGCUGCAGCUUGAUUUAACCUGCUUCCAGGUCUUACAGUUAACCUUUGUGGUUUUUUCUUUGCGGUGGCAGACAUUAAGGCCUCUAUCAAACAGAAUGGACUGACGCUUAUCUUUCAGUGUCAGAAUUGCCUGACAUGUUAAUCUUGUUCACUUUUACUUUUUUCAAGUUUGAUGUUUUUUGCCAGAUGCUUUUAACCGAAGCACGGUUUUCUGUCUUUAUGCACACAGCUGUAUCAACGUAUGUGGGAAGUGAUGAUAUUCAUUAUUGCACUUGAUCACUACAU